GGGAGGGGAAGAGGUGCUGGAGUUGUCGCAUCCAUUUGCGUUUAUAGGCUAGCUAGUAACCGGCUGUUUGCGCUUCAGAGAACACAACAAGUAGGGACAGUAUGCCUACUAAAGUAGCCUAGCUACUGGUUUUAUGGAUUAUAUAGGAUAUCGAUUUGUAUAAUUAAGUCUAUAAUGGUUUAUAUUACGGUAAAUGACCUCACUCAAUUUAACGCAGUCGGCGCGAUGCAACUCCCUCGUUUCAUGACGUUUGUUCUGGUCAUUUCUUGUGAGUUGUACCGGGCGGUCGCGGGUCCAGGCGCUGGGUUGAAGACGUGGGAGAGAUUUAGUAAAUUGGACUAUCCCGGUGACAAGGCUUUCCUCUACGACACCUUUCCUGACAACUUUAUGUGGGCGGUUGGAACGGCAGCUUACCAGGUGGAGGGUGCGUUUGAGAAAGACGGGAAGGGCCUGUCCAUUUGGGACACUUUUACGCGCGGCGGGAACCGGAUCGCUACCGGGGACGUUGGCAGCGACAGCUACCAUAACAUCCAAAGCGACGUCCGCGCAUUGAAACAGCUCGGGGUCAGUCAUUACCGCUUCUCACUCUCGUGGUCGCGGAUAUUUCCAAACGGCAGCCGCGGUAGUUACAACGAGAUCGGUACCAACUACUACCGGACGUUAAUUCGGAAGUUGAAGGAGAUCAACGUGCAGCCGGUGAUCACGUUAUAUCACUGGGAUUUACCUGACAACCUGCAGAGAACGUUCGGCGGGUGGAGCGACCCAGCGCUCGUGGAGCUUUUCCGUGAUUAUGCAGAUUUCUGUUUCCAAACAUUCGGUGAUGAUGUGAAGUAUUGGAUCACGAUAGACAACCCGUUCCUGGUGGCGUGGAACGGGUACGGGACUGGGAAGGUGGCUCCGGGAAUCAAGAAUGACCCGGACCUGCCGUUUAGAGUGGGACACAACCUCCUCAAGGCUCAUGCUGCAGCGUGGCACCUCUACGACCGCCACUACCGGCCCCAGCAGCAAGGGAAAGUUUCAAUGGCGCUGGCCUCCCAUUGGAUCAAGCCCAGCAGGACGCGACGUGAGAGCCUGCAGGCGUGCCAGUGGUCCCUGGACUUCGUGUUGGGCUGGUUCGCCAGACCCCUCUUCACUGAUGGAGAUUACCCCCCCAGCAUGAAGCACAACCUGUCCCACCGUCUGCCCUCCUUCACACAGGCAGAGAGGGAUGAAGUGAGGGGGACCGCAGACUUCUUUGCUCUGUCCCAUGGUCCUUCUCUGAGCUACCAGCUGAUCGACGCCAGUCUCAAAUUUGGCCAGAUUGAAGUUCUGGAUCUGAGGAUGCUGCUAUACUGGAUUAGAGCAGAGUACGACAACCCACCCAUCUACAUAGUAGAGAGUGGCUGGUUUGUCCAGGGAGACAUCAAGACAGAGGACUCUAAGAACAUGUACUACCUCAAGAGGUUCAUCAUGGAGACGCUGAAAUCGAUCAAGUACGACGGGGUGAACGUGAUUGGCUACACCCACUGGUCUCUGCUGGACGGGUUUGAAUGGCACAGAGAGUAUGAUAUUCGCAGAGGCCUGUACUACGUCGACUUCAACACACACAACCUCAAGAGGAGGCCCAAGACCUCGGCCAACUUCUACAAGAAGUUGAUCCAGAAGAAUGGUUUUCCCCAGCUGCCUGAGAACAGACCAGCUCAGGGAGUUUUCCCCUGUGACUUCGCCUGGGGGGUAUCCGCCAACUCCAUACAGGUGGAGACCACCCCCACCCAGUUUGUAGAUCCCAGUGUGUACGUGUGGAACAUCACAGGCAACGGGGAGCUGAGGAGGUUAGAAGGGUUUCAGGCCCCGCCGCUCCGCAGGCCACAGCACUGUGCCGACUACGCCACCAUCCGCCAACAGGUGGAAGAGAUUCGUCGUGUGGGAGUCAACCACUUCCACUUCUCUCUCAACUGGUCCUCCCUGGUGCCCAGCGGUAACGUGACCCAGCCAAACACCACCUUACUAGGGUACUACCGCUGCUUUACGAGCCAGCUGCACCAGGCUAACAUCACGUCCAUGGUCACCCUGUGGCACCACACACGCCAACGCUCCAGCCUGCCAGCCCCGAUGGAGGCAGCGGGAGGCUGGUUCAACAGGGACACAGUGGUGGCGUUUGCGGACUACGCUAGGCUGUGCUACAGAGAGCUGGGUCCCCAUGUGAAGAUGUGGAUCACCUUGAACGAGCCCAACGACGAAGAGGACGUGUCUCCGAUGGAGGGCCACCAGCUGCUGAGGGCACACGCCCUGGCGUGGCACGCCUACGACCAGGAGUACAGACACACACAGGGGGGACAGGUUUCCUUGGCUCUGCACAUGGACUGGGUGGAACCGGCGUUCUCCUUCAGCCGCGAGGACGUGGAACCAGCCAACAGGGUUCUAGACUGUCGUGUGGGCUGGUUCUCAGAACCCAUCUUUGGCAGUGGAGAUUACCCGCCUCGCAUGAGGAACUGGUUCCACCAAAGACACUCCCUGGACCUGUUCCAUUACCACCUGCCGUUGUUCAGUGAUGAGGACAGACAGCUUGUGAGGGGGACGUACGACUUCUUCGCCAUCAGUCAUUUCAGCACUCAGCUAGUGACCCCCACCAUUGAAGAAAACAAACUGCCCUCCAGGUUGGGGGUGCAGUACAUGGGAGACAUCACCUGGAUCAUGUCCCCUCGGCCCAACGCCCCCGUAGUGCCCUGGGGCCUCAGGAAGGCCCUCAACUGGGUGGAGGAGCGCUACAGGGGCGUGGCAGUCUAUGUGGUAGCCAAUGGGGUGCAGGAAGACCCGGCCCGCUUCGACGACAGUCUGAGAGUCUACUACCUGUACAGCUACAUCAACGAAGCUCUCAAAGCUUACAUCCUAGACGGGGUGAAUCUGAAGGGUUACUUCGCCUACUCCCUGAACGACCAGAGAGACCCAGGCUUCGGUCUGUACGGCCAUGUCCAGGAUGAGGAAAUCCUCAAGGCCUCUCUGUCCCAGUACCAGAACAUUAUCCGUCACAACGGCUUCCCUCUCCAAGGGACCCCUACCUCGGCCCUGCAGUGCCCCAGUCAGCCUCUACCCUGCCCGGGGUGUCUGGUCCUGACCAAGAGGCCUGUGGUGGGGUUCCUGUCUCUGGUGGGGUCAGCGGUCCUGGUCACCCUUGGGCUGAUUAUAUACUACGCUGCCAAGAGACACAUAGACAGAGGCCGAGACACAAAUGGCACCAUAUUCUCUAAAAUAUAGGGCCCUGGUCAAAAGUAGUGUACUCUAUAGGGAACAGAGUGCCAUAGGGCUCUGGUCAAAAGUAGUGAACUAUGUAGGGAAUAGGGUGCCAUUUGGGAUCACGUGGUGAUGAUUAAGUUUAUUUAUGAAGCGUAAGUUAAAGGUAGUCCUCCAGGUUCGAGUCACGUGACCUUAACCCUUCAAUGUCUGCUGAUCUGAAGGAAUCAGGAAAAAAGGUCGAAGUAAUAUGUCAGAAUAUCCCACCAUGUCAUCCCUACAAUUCUGACACCUAUCCAAUUCCUUGAGAUCUGUGAAAACAAAGUCGUGGGCUAGGGCCAAGGGUUUAUUGUAGCACGCCCCCCUCCCCCCUCCACUACCUCCUAUUGAUAUAGACCCAUGUGGGCCACAUACCUGCUAGUCAUUUAGACAGUUACGACACUGUGUCGAGAACAUAUCAAUGAUUUAGUUGAUGUGGUGUGUCUUUGUGUUCAUAGAACUGUAUGUCAGGUUUAUUUCCACGUCGUUUUAUGAAACUCGACCAGCAGGUGUUUGUUUCAUGUAUUUCAGUCUGAAGAUAAUUGUAUUGUCUUAAAAACAAUUGAGAUAAAUCUGUAACUUGUUUUGAUGUGGUAUCAUAACGAAUGAUCUCGCGUAGAUAAUUUUUUCAUACGGACUCUUAAAUUAAUAUAUUCUCUCCCUUUGUAUUAAACUGUGUGUUAUUACUAAGUCACACUGUACCAGAUAACCUAUUGUACCUUGAUGUUUACUAGGCAAAACAAAACAAACCAAAAAACUGUCUAGUGAAAGCAAGUCUCCCCAUGACCAAUAACUCUUAGUCCUCUUUGACCAAUACUUUUACUACCACAGGGCCUGUUGUGAAGUAGGUAAAGGAUUUGUCCCAAAUGGCACCCUAUUCCCUAUAUUGUGCUCUAUAGGACUGGGACGAUACCAGUAUCGUCAUUAGUAACUUGGCAAGGAAACAAAACAUGAAGCUGAUUUAACUUAGCUAACUAGCAUGUUAUCCAGAGGCACAUUUAUUAAUUUAACAAAACAGUCGGUUUUUAAAGGAACAAAUUGUUUGGACUGCUUCAUGUUUACAUUUAUUUUUAUAUUUUUUGGAAAAUAUAUUGUGAUACUGGUAUCAUCCAGGCCUUAAGAAUCACUACUUUUAACCAGAGCCCGCUUGACCUCUCAGUCAUAUCUCCCAAAUCAGCACAUGAAGGAGUGGUGGAUAGAUCAUUCAUUUAUUGCCAAAAUGCAAUGAAGGGACACAGUAUAGAUGAAUAUGGAUAUUUAACGGUACUCCAACUAACAAUUCUUCAUAGAUCUUCUGUUUAAUAUUAUACUAAGAAAAGACAAUCUAAGGGUGUGUUCGUAAAUUGCAUUUAAUUUUUGUCGGAGUAAACUCUGUGCCGUUUGUACCUCACAACGGCAGUCAAGCUGAUUGGCUAAUUACUUCCAGACACAAAUGAGAGACCUCAUGUUAUUUAGAACGUUAGUGACUAACUGUAGCUGCUGGCAACAAUGUAAAUGUACAUUUAAUCGUUUAAAUUUUUUACGGACAUUUACUGACACCGGCCAUAUUGAACGGAUGUUUCCUGUUUGUAAAUGAAUCAGUUAUUCUGAGCUCUGGCAUACAGACGAGGGUGCACUGAAAUUGGAGUAGAUAGCCAGAAUGAAUUUACAAAUGCACCCUAAAUGUCUAUAUAUAUAUAUAUAUAUAUA